CAAAUCUCAUAGUUUGUUGGCGUGAUAUUGAUCCCUGGUGUCCAUGUCUGCUUCCCGUGUCGUUUAGCACUCUCUGUUCAGUACUUGAUACAGCCAGCAGUAAGAGCGUAAAACGUAAAAACAGCGAGUAUAUUGGGAGUGGUAAUAAAGGAAAUGACAGCAGGUGAGAUUCCAUGCACGGCUCUCUGGCUGGCCUAUCCAAGCGGCGGAAUGAGGGACAGUGCUAACUCCCAGUUCAUUGGAGAUUUUCACCGUCUGAUCCAGGGAGUAUUUCUCGGUGAAGACCUUGAUAUCCUUUAUCUCUUCCAGCACAGCGGAGAACAGGCCAGUGCGCUCCUCCAAAAGGGGACAACUGAUAUUCUUCCCCCGCCUAUGGGCGAAUACAGAUCGGUAGGACAGCAUUUCCUUUGCUUUUCCUUUGCUCUCGUUCCCAAACAGGAUUUAUCUGUUGUGAUUCGAAGCCAUUCCUGUCCGAGACUUCGUCCGGGCGUUGACAGAGAACCGACCACAUGCCUUGAUAGUAUCGACAGCACACAGAAAGCGGCGAUUAAAAGAAUGUGGUCCCUUCUCUGGGUGUUGAAUGUCUUGAAUUGGAUUACAUUGCAUGGUGUGUGAGUGGGCUUCGUGGGCACGGGGAGUGGGUUCGGCAAGACAAGGCGCAGUCGCUGUCAAUGCCGAUCUCGAAGUGAAGUUGGUGAGCUAUGCUGCUGCAGGUACAUGAUGGAUAGCUCUUAUAUUAAUCAGUUAGAUACACUCAAGAUGCCAGGGGGUU